UUGAGUUAUUUGGCAAAAACAUAAGAAAAUAAUGGCUUCCACCUUUUCUUCAGCAGAAAACAUUCAUCACUUCCGAUCAAUGAGUUUGCCAACCAUAUCGCAUCCAAGCACUAUCCAGGCGGAAGAGGAGAUCUGCAAAUUCAGAACAUGGGAGGCGUCCACGUCAUCUGUUCCUACUGCGGAUACAAUCUGCGGUGCACUAAAUAGGCUGCAAGGAUUAUACGAAUGCGUUGAUGGUCUUCUCAGUUUGCCUUUGACCCAACAAGCCCUUACCCAUGGCCAAUAUACGCGAUUGGUCAAUGAGUUGUUGGAUAAAUCCAUCAGUCUUAUGGACAUUUGUGAAUCCACAAGAGACUUGGUAUCACAAGUCAAAGAAAAUGCUAGAGAUGUUCAAUCGGCUGUGCGAAGGAGAAAAGGUGAUGUAAGCAUAGCCACUUCCUUCAUGAAGAACCUGAAGAAAGACACCAAAAAGGCUAUUUCAUCAUUGAAGCAAAUUGAUGAAAAGAUUGGAGGUGUGCCUCCCAUAGAUCUAGAUCAUCACGUCUUAUCAGUUAUCAAAGUAGUAAGGGAUGUUGGUGUCGUGAGGUCAUCUGUGUACAGGUCACUCUUGUUGUUCUUGUCUGGAUCUGUUGCAAAGUCAAAGUCCACAAGGUGGUCAAUAGUUUCAAAAAUGAUUCACAAAGGAACGGCUGAGGAAAAGAAUCAGGUUCAAGUUUUCAAUGGGGAUCUAGAGAGCCUUUUUGAAGAAAUGGAGAAUGGUUUGGAGUGCAUGUUUAGGAGUUUGAUCAAAACAAGAGCCUCUCUCCUAAAUAUUCUUCCCCCUAAACAUUCUCUCAACUUGGGCAGCACUGUUACCAUGGAUCAAGCUUAAUAGCAUGUUCUCGAACUCAAUCCUCUCGUUAGCACGUUCCAAAACUCAAUCAUCUCCUUAUCAAAUUUCUGGGUCUACAUGGUUUGUAAGCCACAUAUGAAAUGUUUAUGGGCACUUCGGACAGCAAUGGCAUGGUCGAUAUGGAAUUAGGCUCGUUGUUUUGAGUACAUAUCUAUGUACUCCUUUUCUUGUACUUCUUAUUUCUGUUUUUGUAAUAAAUUUGAAGUGCGUUUUUCCAAAUUAAUGUGUUUUUAUAGACGUAUACACAAGUGUGUAUGUCUGAUGAAUUAAAGCCCGGAUCUUGAAUAAUGCAAUUCAUCAAAAGAUGAACGUUUCUCU